AUGGAUACAGUGAUAUCAUAUGUAAAGAAGCGAGUGCCUAAAUUUGCGGAUGAUCCUCACCCUCUUGAGAGACUUACUGUUGGAUGGGAAGAGACUAAACGAAAGUAUGGCGAAGGAGUUGAGGUUGUCACCAGCCAUUGUCCUUAUCCUUGUGUUGUUGAUAAGGUUCUCAUCGAGGCGGGUACAAAACUCGAAAGGAAUCAACCUGUUGUUCGCGUGAAGGCUCUUGUUCCUUCAACUUUCACCUCACAGUUGGAUGUAUCUGAAUCCGUUAAAUUGAAGUAUAAAAAGUCUCUCGAGGAGAAAUCACGUGUCGUUGCAUACGCCCCCCCUGCAUUGCAACAGCCAGACUGGGUUAAAACACUUCAGGAAGACUGGAGAAUUCUUGACCAACAUUUGCCUAAUACUAUCUUUGUCAGGGUUUAUGAAAAGAGGAUGGAUCUUUUGAGAGCUGCAAUUGUUGGACCGGAUGGGACUCCUUAUCAGGGCGGUCUCUUCUUCUUCGAUUUUCACUUCCCUAACGACUAUCCUAAUAGUCCUCCUCUUGUGCGUUAUCGCUCUGGUGGUCUCGGUAUCAAUCCAAAUCUGAAAAUGUGUGGUGAAGUCUGCCUGAGCCUUUUCGAUACAACUUCAAGAGAAGAACACCCUGAUUUUAACCCAAAGCCUUUCUUCAACUCUUGUGAACGUAUGAGAGGCCUUGUCAAUGGCGAAUAUCCUGCAUUGCUAUACAACGAGAAUACUAUUGUAAAAUCCCUCGUGACAUUGGCGCAUACCAUGAACAAACCUCCCAAGUUUGGGUGUCUUGUUGGUGAUUACAACCGUACCUCACUUGAGUUCAAGAAUGAGGUGGCAUCAUGCAUUAAGCCCCUUGUAGAUGCAUUUAACAAAAUCGGAGCAAAUGAAACUCAAGAAUUCCUUAAUCUAAUUCAAGAGACUAACGUUGCGAUUGACGACAUGGAUGAUGGAGUGAACAAAAAGAGGAAAGUAUAA